AAUGGCUGAUAAUACUCAAUUGCCAAGAUACUGAUGCUCAGUCGUCUUCGCAAUGGCGAGCUAUUCGUUUCUCGGAGUCGCUUUCAGCCUUAUUUUUGUUGUCACUCAUGGCUUUGCUCACGACACAUUAUCUUAUCCCAAAAAUUUUCUAUUUGGCACAGCUUCGUCUUCUUAUCAAAUAGAAGGAGGUUGGAAUGAAGGCGGUAAGGGUGAGAAUAUUUGGGACCGAUGGACACACGAACAUCCAGAUUUAAUACUUGAUGGUAGCAAUGGCGAUGUGGCUUGUGAUUCCUACCAUAAGUAUAAAGAAGAUGUGCAAUUAUUAAAGAGCAUGGGGGUUAACUUUUACCGGUUUUCUCUCAGUUGGUCACGUAUUUUACCAACUGGUUACGCUAACUUGGUUAAUCAAGAGGGACUUGAUUAUUACAAAAAUCUUAUCAAGGAAUUACUAGAUAAUGGCAUCGAACCAUUUGUUACUUUGUAUCAUUGGGAUCAUCCAGAUGUCCUUGAACGCAUGGGUGGAUGGAUGAAUGAAACGAUGGUAGAAUGGAUUUCCGAUUAUGCAAGAGUCGUUUUCAAAGAACUCGGGGCCAAUAUUAAAUAUUUUAUGACUAUCAAUGAACCUAAUGUUCUUUGCAUUGAUGGAUAUUCUCUUGGUGUACACUCACCAGGAAAGAAAUUAGGCUCUCCUGGUAAAUAUCUGUGUGUACAUAAUAUUCUGAAGGCACAUGCCAAGAUUUAUCACAUCUACGACACAGAAUUUCGUGAACAACAGAAAGGCCAAAUCGGUAUAGUUUCACAUUGCUUCGGCGCAUUGCCCAAAAAUCUUGCCGAUACUGCAGCAGUAGACACAUUCUUCCAAUUUGACUGCGGAUGGAUGGCUCAUCCUAUUUUCUCAACAACUGGUGAUUACCCAGCAGUUAUGAAAACCCGCAUAGCUGAAAAUAGUAAAUUGGAUGGUUUUUCGAGAUCUAUUCUGCCAGAAUUUUCGCCAGAAUGGGUGCAGUAUAUUAAAGGUACAUCGGACUUCUUCGGCUUAAAUCAUUACACUUCGAGACUUGUGGAAACAGUUCCACGAGUACCAGGACACGCGUGGUACGAUUAUUCUGGCGUGAAUACAAGUGUAGAUCCAUCAUGGUCAAAUACCGCAUCGGAUUGGCUUAAAGUUGUUCCCAUUGGAUUUCGAGAUAUUAUUAAGAAGAUUUCAAUUGAGUAUGAUUACCCAACUAUCUUCAUUACAGAGAAUGGUUUCUCUGAUAGAUGUUGUAUAUUUGAUAAUUUAAGAAUAUCCUACUUACAUUCUUAUAUGAAGGAAAUGUUAACUGCCAUUCAAGAAGAUGGAUGUAAAGUAGAAGGGUAUGCUGUGUGGAGUCUGUUAGACAAUUUUGAAUGGUCCAGUGGUUAUACAGAACGGUUCGGCAUGGUAAGCGUUAACUUCACGGAUCCGAAUCGAACAAGAACUCCAAAAUGGUCUAUGAACUGGUAUAAAAAUGUUAUUGCGACCGGAAAACUUUCACUUGACGCUCAUCAAAUCACAGCAAAUCAUACAAAUGUUUAAAUAAACGUUUGUUGAAUAAUAUAUAAAACAAUUGCUUGGAUAAAUAUUCCGCUAUUCGUAUGAAAGAUUGUUGGACUAAUUAUAUGUAAAUUACAGAAUAUACAGUCGCCUAACUUUGAAAAGUGAUGCCGCUGUUAUUAAAAUAUUGUUGUUGAAAUAUUAUUAAAAAACCAUUGCAUCUCAUAUGUAUCUUGAUUAUGAAACGGAUUACCCACAUGCGAAUAAAGAUGACUAAAUACUUGUAUAUGAUCGGUGUGUAGAAAUUUUUAAUUUUUGGAAGUAGUAUUAUUUAUUAUAAUCUGAAUAUAUAACAUUUCGAUCCACGAACAGUAGUUGGAUUGUGGAAAGCAAUCAUAGCAAUCAUGACUCGAGAAAUAAAUAAAGUACAAUGUUUCAAAAAGAAGUAAUCGCAUGUCAUUACGCUCGGAAAAUAUUUUUUAUCAUAUUUAUGGCGAAAACCUUGUUAAAGUAACGUGUGCAUUUUCAGUAGAAUGAAAUAAUUCAUUGAGGGGGGUCUUUAUUAGUUUAUUAUAUUUAUGCCUAUAAACUUUCUCAAUCUAGUGAUUUUCCGUGGAACGCAUUUCGAGUGGUUCCUGCGGUAAGUAAAAUCAAAGUUGUGUGUUAAACCAGAAACAAAUUUUAACCAACAAGAAUAUAACAUAAAGUAAUACUAUUAUCAUUGAAUGUUAUUUAUUAUACAACAGAAUUGUAUGCAAUGGCAUUGUUUUGUACAUACUUUACUAUUAUAAUCUCAAAUUGUCGUAGCUCUCAAUGUGUCACUGAUGUAUCAUAAUCUCAUUUAAUAAAU